AUGGUUCUCGCAAAGGAAAAUGCCAGUAUUGGCAUCAUCGGAAUGGGAGACAUGGGCAAGCUGUAUGCCCAACGACUAAGUUCAGCGGGAUGGAGGAUUAACGCAUGCGAUAUACCAGAAAAAUAUGAAGAAUUGAAACAAGAAUUUGACACUCAAAAAGGUGUCACAGUAUUUCCGAAUGGACACUUGGUUUCAAGAAUUAGCGAUUUCAUUCUAUACAGUGUAGAGGCGGGCGUUAUCGACCGGGUAGUCGCCCAGUAUGGACCGUCCACCAAGGUCGGUGCCAUCGUUGGAGGACAGACGUCGUGCAAGGCCCCGGAGCUAGCCGCGUUUGACAAACACUUGCCCCAUGAUGUAGAGAUUGUAUCGUGCCAUUCGCUGCACGGGCCAAAAGUAAAUCCUAAUGGUCAGCCAUUGGUCCUCAUCCAGCACCGCGCCUCCGACGAAAGCCUGCACUUUGUCGAAAGCGCUCUCUCCUGCUUCGGCUCGAAGUAUGUCUACCUUUCGGGCGAAAUGCACGACCGCAUCACCGCCGACACCCAAGCCGUCACCCAUGCUGCCUUCCUAAGCAUGGGCACAGCUUGGCAAGCCAACAACCAAUUCCCAUGGGAUAUGUCACGCUGGGUCGGCGGCAUUGAAAACGUCAAGAUCAACAUCACGCUACGCAUCUACUCGAACAAAUGGCACGUCUACGCGGGUCUCGCGAUCCUCAACCCAGCCGCCAAAGCGCAGAUCCGGCAGUACGCCGAGUCCGUGACGGAGUUGUACAAGCUUAUGAUCGAGGGACAACGGGACGAGCUGAAGAGGCGGGUGAAAGCGGCUGGGGAAUAUGUGUUCCAGGCUGGGACGAAGGGGCAAGAUUUACUGUUGAAAGAUGAGGUGCUGGAUCGGUUUUCGCUGUCGAAUCGGCACCGCGAGGAGAGUCCGCCGAAUAAUCAUCUGAGUUUGUUGGCGAUUGUGGAUUGUUGGUGGAAGUUGGGGAUUGUGCCGUAUGAUCAUAUGAUUUGUUCGACGCCGUUAUUCCGUCUCUGGCUGGGCGUGACGGAGUAUCUCUUUCGCAAUCCGGAAUUGCUUGAUGAAGCGCUGGAUACAGCGUGUGAUGAUAGCACGUUCCGUUCGGAUGAUCUGGAGUUUACGUUUGCUGCGCGGGCAUGGUCCGACUGCGUUUCAUUUGGCGAUUUCGAAUCGUACCGGGACCGAUUCGAGCGGAUCCAGCAGUACUUUGCGCCAAGAUUCCCCGAGGCAUCGAGGCUGGGCAACGAGAUGAUGAAGACUAUAUUGGAGAAGACAAAGUAA